AAAUACUACGUGUCCCGCAAUCCUCCUGUCCUCGCAUGCGUUCAGUUGGUUUAUCCUCGCCCCUUUUUGCUUUCACGAGAACGUAGCCGAACGUUACAGCUUGUGGAAGCAUUUUUUCCUCCAGCUGGUCAUUGAGGACUGUAUUUAAUUUUACGGAGACUGAAAAAAGACACUGUGGAAAGGAACACAGUUUAAGGACACUGGACGAGUCUCCUGUCCUGAACCUUCCGCCUCGCAGUGGUACAACCACAGACAUCAUGUUCACAGAGGUGUUAUUUGGUCUGCUGAUUGGAGGACUGAUCUUCUUCCUGGUUCAGAGGAGUAGGAAUAAGGUUUUGAAGACAGAGGAUGGGUGGUGGGGAUCUGGAGCACCCCCUAAUACUGAGGAGGACGUCAGCAUCCGUCCAUUUAAAAUUAUAACCAGUGACAAUGAGCUUGAGGACCUGUACCGAAGAAUUGAUCAAACACGUCCUGUCCCUUCACUGGAGGACAGCCAGUUUAACUAUGGCUUCAACUCCCAGUAUCUGCAGAAGGUGGUCUCAUACUGGAGACAUGACUUUGACUGGAGGAAACAAGUUGCUAAACUCAACCAGUUCCCCCACUUCAAAACUAACAUUGAAGGGAUUGAUAUCCAUUACCUGCAUGUGAAGCCCAAGAAGGUGCCAGGGGAGGGCAGUGCUAUCCCUCUGAUAAUGGUUCAUGGUUGGCCCGGCUCCUUCUACGAGUUCUAUGGGUUAAUCCCUCUGUUAACAGACCCAUCAGACCCAGACGACCUUGUCUUUGAGGUGGUGUGUCCUUCUAUACCUGGGUAUGGCUUCUCUGAAGCACCACAUAAGAAAGGUUUUGAUUCGAUUUGUGCGGCCCGUAUAUUCCACAAACUGAUGAGGCGUCUGGGCUUCCAGCAGUUCUAUGCUCAUGGAGGAGAUUGGGGCUGGCUGGUCACCACCAACAUGGCUCAACUGGAACCCAGAACUGUCAAAGGUUUGCAUGUGAACUUUGCCCCACCGUCCAAACCAGGCCUGCCCCUCACUUUAUCCCUCAUACUCGGCCGUCACUUCCCUAAGCUAUUUGGCUUCACUGACAUAGAUAUUCAGCGUCUCUUUCCCUGCAUGGAGAAACUGGUGGUGGAAUCCAUCAAAGAGUCUGGCUACAUGCACAUCCAGGCUACUAAGCCUGACACUGUGGGUCGAGGGCUGAAUGACUCCCCAGUGGGAAUGGCUGCCUACAUUCUGGAGAAGUUCUCCACAUGGACCUGUCGUGACUUCAGGAACCUGGAGGAUGGAGGACUCACCAGGAAGUUCUCUCUGGACGAUUUGCUGACUAAUGUGAUGAUCUACUGGACGUCUGGCUGCAUCAUCUCAUCUAUGAGGUUCUACAAGGAAAAUUUUGGAAAAGGUUUUGAUCAGCCCCACUCAAAGAUACCAGUCAAUGUCCCAACUGGGUUUGCCUGCUUCCCCAAUGAGCUGAUGCACACACCCAAGCUGUGGGUCACACAAAAAUACCGUAAACUCGUGACCUUUAGCCCACUGGCCCGUGGUGGCCACUUUGCUGCAAUGGAAGAGCCCCAGUUGAUGGCAGAGGACAUCCAGAAAUUCACAAAAAUUGUGGAGAAGAAGAAACAGUAGGAUGGAACAAUGAAGAGGUGAAUGAGCUAGAACAUAAUGCAGAGCAGGAAGUAGACACGUGAUUCUGUCUAGUGGAAUUUUAAAAUUAUAUAAUAUAAUAUAAUAUAAUAUAAUAUAACAUAAUGGGCACCAGACAGUACAGUGGCUCGGUGGUUACCACUGAUGCCUCCCAGCAAGAAGGUCCAGGUUUGAGUCUGACUCGGGCCUUUCUGUGUGGAGUUUGCAUGUUCUCCCUGUGUCUGUGUGGGUUUUGUCUGUGUACUCCAAUUUUCUCCCACCCUCCCCGCCUCUCGCCCGAUGCCAGCUGGGAUAGGCUCCAGCAACCCCCGCAACCUGAAUGAGGAUGAGUGAAGAUGAGAUGAGACUAACUAAUAACUAGAGGACUGGGAGCAGAUAUUAGCUGAAUGUGACAGAAGUGUAUUGGAUUAGAAAAGGCUUAUAUCAGAAUGUGUCUGAUAAGUAGAUAAAUUAUUAUAUAUGAUUAUUGAUUAGACUUAGACAGACUUCAAUGAUCCAUGAGGGAAAUUACUUUGUCACCAUAGCUUCAUUGCACAUAAAAGUAAACACUCAUAAAACCACAAGAAAGAUAAAUAAAAUUAGGUUUACUACUACUUCACCAGUUUUUGACUUUUCUUAACCCUGUAAUCUCGAGAGCAGUUUACCAAGCAGCUGCAGAUGGGAGGUCAAGAGUUACUUGUUGUUAUUGUGCAGCAGAGACAAGGUUCCAGGCAUUCCUCUGACUGAUGGCAUGAAACCUCUGUAAGCCAGUUAUGAUAGAUAACACAAGAAAGACUGCUGUUGUCCUUCAGAUUGUGUUUAAUUUUAAGGUAUACUUUUCUUUUGUAUAGUGCGAUCUUUGUAAUUUGGCUUUUCCAUUUGACAUCACAUGCUAUGUUAAUAUAAUCAUGUUUGCUUUUCAUUUAUUGGCCAGUGUUUGUGACAUCCAACAAGUUUCAAUUGAUUUCCUUUGAUUUACUAAAGCACUACACUUGACAUUUUGUAGAAGGACAUCUGCAAUGCUGUGUGACAGGCUUGGUUUUAAGAUUAUUUCUAAAAUUAAAUAUUUUUUACGAUUUAUAAAAGUGAAAAGAUGUUUUCCAAUCUGAUAAUGACAGUAACUGAAAUGUCAUUAGAGAAGUAAAUUCUCAAUUUUAUGUCUCAGUUUAGCUGUGUGUUCUGUGUAUGCACCAUUCCAAGAUUAUCUGAAUGAAAUGUUGCAUCGUGAUAUUGUGUACCAAAUAAAAUUGGCUAUGAACUGUA